AUGCACCGAACGCUUGUAGUGACUGCAACGUGCCUAGAAUGGUGCAUGCACAUACUCUACAAGCACAAUCACGACUGCCACGUUGUUUCUUCCCCACCAACUACUCGUUCCUGGAGCUCCAUCAACAUUCGCCAUCAACUCCACACCAUCAAUCCAACUCCCAUCUUCAAACCACCCUCCGCCCUGCCCACCUACCAAGCUCCAAAUGACAUGUGCAAAGUCAAGGUUGCUUCUGCUCAAGAAACUGUGAAACAAGCAUCAACCAGCCCACACCCGCUUGGUCCAUCACCAUUUACCACCCAACGCGAUUUCAACCCGCCAUCACACCGCCCUCCGCCCUGCCCACCUACCAAGCUCCAAAUGACAUGUGCAAGUCAAGGGUGCUUUUGCUCAAGAAGCUAUGAAACCAGCAUCAAUCAGUCCACACCCGCUGGAUCUCUAUCAGCAUUCGCCAUCAACGUGACGUUCAACCCGCCAUCAACCCGCCAUCAACCCGCCAUCAAGCCAUCAACCCGCCAUCAACCCGCCAUCAAACCGCCAUCAAACCGCUCAGCCUCUCUCUCCAUUUCAGAUGCAAUCAGGUGCAAGUCACGAACGUUGCCUCUACUCAAGAAUCUGUGGAACACACAGCAUCCAAUGCGCACCUGCUGGAGCUUCCAUCACCAUUUGCCACCAAAGCCACUAUCAACCCGCCAUCAAACCGCCCUCCGCCCUGCCCAUCUCUUCAGCUCCAGAGGAUAUGUUGUGCAAGUCAAGAACGUGGCUUCUGCUCAAAAAGCUGCGAAUCAAGCAUCAACCUAUCGUUACCCGCUGGAACUCCAUCAUCAGCCCGCCAUCAACCCUUCAUCAGCCCGCCAUCAACCCUUCAUCAACCCGCCAUCAACCCGCCAUCAACCCGCCAUCAAACCGCCCAGCCUCCCUCUCCAGCUCCAGAGGCAAUCAAGUGGAGUCAAGUACGUUGCCUCUGCUCAAGAAUCCGUGAAACAAGCAUCAUCCAGUCCACACCCGCUGGUGCUCGCAUCACCGUUCAGCGCUUCAAUCUUCUCUCGUGUGGCGUGCGACGGGCGUGCGCUUGACUGCUUCGGCACGACUGAUCGGGAAGUGUCGUUCCCUUCCCUCCCUCCUCUCUCCCUUCACCGCGUGUUCCUUCGUUGUUCCGUUUCGCAUCUCGCCAAUCCGCCUUGUGUGUUUUUCGACGUUUCACCGUUCCUCUGA